CAGACACAUGCACCAUAUGAAAUUGUCUCUCUCACCCAAAAACUUCAGUUGAAGAGCGCUGCGUGUGAAGACUCCAAACAAUGACAGAGCGAGACCUCUUAAUUAGGGGUGACCAAGAGGCUCGCCUCAAACAGACCUACCAUUGGACAGCUUCUGUGUCAGAUCUGGACCCCAAGGAGGUGGAUCGUUUCAGGAGAAGGCUGAAAUAUUUUUUCAUGAACCCAUGUGAGAAAUUUCACGCGAGAGGCCGCAAACCAUGGAAGUUAAUGCUACAGAUUCUGAAGAUAGUCAUCAUCACUAUUCAGCUGGUGUCUUUCGGGCUGAGUAAUGAGAUGAUGGUCACAUUUAAAGAAGAAAACAUUAAGACAUUAAAACACCUUUUCCUGAAAGACUAUCAAGACCAAGACAAAAAUUAUGCAGUGUACACCAGAGCAGAGACGUACGACCAUAUCAGUUACAUCAUUAAUCAGUAUAUGGACAUGCCAAACCUCACAGUGGGAAAUCAUGCAUAUGAAAGGAAUGAUGGGGUGUACACGCCACUAUCCUUAUGCAAGGAGUUCUACCGACGCGGGAGCAUCUCCCCUGACAAUGACACAUUUGACAUCGACCCAGUUAUUGAGAAAGAGUGUAUAUCUGUUUAUCCUCUGAGACCACUAAAAGAUGGUUCUGUGAUAGAAGAAUUGAAUUUUACUCUGGAUUUUAAAAGACUACUGACUGUUAAAGUCUACCUGAAUAUUAAGGCCAUAAAUCUACAAACAGUGCGACACAACGAGCUGCCAGACUGCUAUAACUUCAGGACUAUGAUUUUAUUUGACAACACCGCUCAUAGUGGAAGGAUUAAGAUAUCGUUGAAAAACCAUGUAUUGAUCAAAGUAUGCAAGGACUGGAAUGUGUCUGGGUCUGCAGAUAAGGACUAUCAUCUCAUUCACAUUGUAACGUUUGAUUCUGUCAUCAUUCUUGCAUGCCUGCUGUCUCUUGUUCUGUGUUUACGUUCUGUGCUCAAUGGACUUCGUCUGCAGUCGGAAUAUGCUAUGUUUUUCCGAAAGUACUAUCAGAAAACGGUACCCAUGUCAGACCGCCUGGAAUUUGUUAAUGGCUGGUACAUUCUCAGCAUAAUCAGUGACACACUGACCAUUUCUGGUUCUGUUUUCAAAAUUUGCAUCCAAACCAAGGAGCUUACAAAUUACGAUGUCUGCAGCAUUCUACUGGGCACUUCUACACUCUUUGUGUGGAUUGGCGUUUUACGAUAUCUGGGUUUCUUCCCGAAGUAUAAUAUCCUGAUCCUCACUCUGAGGGCAGCCUUUCCCAAUGUCAUCCGAUUUUCAACAUGCGCUGUAAUGAUCUACCUGAGCUACUGCUUCUGUGGAUGGAUUGUGCUGGGACCACACCAUGAAAAUUUCCGUACCUUUAACAUGGUGGCCGACUGCCUGUUUUCCCUCAUCAAUGGCGAUGAAAUAUAUUCCACCUUUAUCAAACUGCGUGAAAAGAGCUACCUGGUCUGGCUCUUCAGCAGGGCGUAUGUGUACUCCUUCAUCUCCCUCUUCACCUACAUGGUUCUAAGCCUAUUUAUUGCCCUCAUCAACGACACGUACGAGACCAUCAAGCAAAACCAGCAAAAAGGCAUCCCAGGGUCUGAGCUACAGGCCUUCAUCAAGGAGUGCAAGGACUUGCCUGCCUCUGGGAAGUACAUGGAUCCAGAGCCGGACCCCUGCCUCUCCUUUCCCUGUGCUUGCUGCAGCUGACAGACCUGCCAGACAAGCCAACUAAACGCAGGCAGGCUGAAGAUGUAGGCAAAUGCAAUGAAAGUGAAAAAAUGAAAAAAGUUUGCGAUACUGCUUGUGUUGUUCUUUGCAGACUUUUUUUCCCACUUUCAUUGGAUUUACGUGUACCUUUACUGUCUUGCACCUGGCCUAUAUGUAGGGAUGUGCACACAAAUAUUUGCUUGAAUGAAUGCUGAAGACGAGGUAGACCGUCCUGCAAGAGCACAUCUUAUACACCAGACUUAGAUUAACCCAAAGAUUCAGAUGGUAUUGUUUAGCCUGGCUCUUGUCAGACCUGUGUAAUUCUGCACAGCUCCACCAGGGGCGGCUCCACAAGCACCACUCCCAGGUCUGGUCCACAACACCUUGGGGAUGCUUUGCGGCCAGGAACUUGACGAAGCGAAUGUCGUUUCAGAAGACAGUGGUGCAAUCACAUGUCAACUGUAUUGUAGACUGUACCACCUACCUACCGGUAUUGAUUCUUUAAAAUAUGAACAAUGGUUUUGGAUGAAUGUAUAAUUGUUAUUAUUUUGAACAAUUUUAUUACUGACAAGGAUGAACAAAUGGUAAAUAAAGUUAUAUCGUCUGAAAACAAACUUAUUCCAACUUGCAGCUCUCCCAGGCUCUCC